AGCCGAACUCGUCCACUUAAAACCCUCUGCGCUCCUCCUGGCAUUCCUCUCAUCCACUCACUGCCAGUCGCUCACUGUCUUUGUCUCCGACCAUCCACAGUCCUUCCUCGCCCUCCAUCGUUCACUCGUUGCUCCAGCAGCAUCAACUCUCUUUCUUUUUAACUGCUUGCAGUCCCACGACCAUUUCGAUCCUACUUCAGCAUCAGCAUCACGGUCUCUUCAGCGCAGCGCGCAGAAUAUAACCUCCUCCUACUACUACCUCUCUCGCUCUCUCUCGACUCACUUUGUCUUCACAUCCAAACCGGCCAUCACAUCACCUCACCUCACUUCCCCACACUCUCAACUCAUACAAGAUGAUUUCUCCCAUCCAGGCCAUCACCUCGCUCUUCGUGCUUGCCACGGUUGCCAACUCCGCCGCAAUCCCGUCGACCAUCGUCCCCCGUGCCACCGGCAAACGUGGUCUCGGCUACAACGAUGCCAGCCUGUGCAGCCAGUUCUCGAGCGGCGAGAUCACCUGGGGCUACGACUGGGCGGCCGGCGCCGCCUCCACCGUCGGCAAGUUCGAAUACGUCCCCAUGCUCUGGGGUGAGAAGACGUUCGCCGACUGGCCCAGGAACGUGAAGGCCGCUCUGGCCAAGGGGGCCAAGCACCUGCUCGCCUUCAACGAGCCCGACCUCCCCUCGCAGGCGAACAUGAGCCCCUCGGCGGCCGCAAAGGCAUACAUCACGCACAUGAAUCCUCACGCCGGGUCCGCCUCUUUGGGGGCGCCGGCAGUCUCCAACAGCGGCAGCCCUAACCAAGGACUGGACUGGCUGAAGCAGUUCCUCGCGGAAUGCAACGGAGCGUGCAAGAUCGACUUCGUGCCGAUCCACUGGUACGACCCAACGGGGGGCGUUGAGUACUUCAAGAAGCACAUGCGCGAGGCGUACGCGAUCGCCGGAAAGCCCAUCUGGCUCACGGAGUUUGGCAUGUGGGGCGCGUCGCAGGAGGACCAGGCGAAGUUCUUCCGCGAGGUCUCCGUAUGGAUGGAUCAGCAGGAUUGGCUCGAGAGGUAUGCGUACUUCGGCGUAUUUGAGGGAAUGAUGAUACAGGGCGGACAGUUGUCCACCCUCGGUCGGGCGUAUAACAGCUAGGUUGUUAUCUGGAGGCAUACUGGUAUCUACAAACGGGAGGAUGGUGUUUUUGGGGGUCUGAUUUGUUGUCUUUUGUUUUUGGGAUCUUUAUUUACGCUCCUUUGUCUUUUGUUCUCCCGUGGAGGGCUACGGUCGAGAGGCAAGAUUAUUUAUCGGAGACGGUGUUGUACAUAGACUGGACUGGCUUGGGGAUUUGGGAUUCGGUAUUGGGGCUUGGGGAGUGGGGAUUCCUGCGGGGAAGGGAAGGCGCCGAACAUACAUAAGGUUACAUAAAAUGGGACAUUUCUUGAC